UGUUUUAUUCUUAAUAAGUGAUACAUGGUGCAUUGUUGUUUAUUCAUUUAUUAUUUACGAUGGAGUGGUUCGUAUAUCUAUUGAGUGCUCUAAUAACACUAGCGACCGCGAUCUACUUCGCUUCAAAAUGGAGAUUUUCCUAUUGGCAAAGACGUGGAGUGGCUCAACUAAAUCCGGAAUUCUUCUAUGGGGACUGUAGGGGGAUGCUGACGGGCGACUUAUCCAUUGGAGAAACAUUUCUCGAUUUCUACAAGAAGUUUCGGUCUAAAGGGCUAAAGUAUGGCGGCGUGUACGUCUCGUACCGGUGUGAUCUUGUACCAGUGGAUCCUGCAUUGAUUAAGGACAUAAUGGUUAAGAAUUUCGAUCAUUUUACCGCGCAUUUUCCAAAGAGUACCAGUAAAAGUAUCUUAUCGAAGAACUUGUUCGGUUUGGAAGGCGAGCAAUGGAAAUCAACAAGAAAACACUUAACGCCCGCCUUCAGUUCCGGAAAAAUGAAAAUGAUGUACGAGACGAUGCUGAUCAAAGCGGACGGUAUCGAUAAGAUGCUCGACACGUUCUCCAGUUCCCGUGAACCGACGGACAUCAAAGAGAUCUUGCAGAGAUUAACCAUUGACGUGAUCGCUAAUGUCGGUUUCGGGGUCGACUCCAGUGCCAUCGAUGACCCCGAUACGGAAUUCGUGAGACAGGGUCGAUCCAUAUCCGCCCCACCGAAGAACAGGGAGAGCUACUGGGGUCUGUUCUUACGAAUGCUGAACGUGAGGAGAAUGCGAAAGGACUUUAGCGAUUCCGAGAUGUUUUUCAAGUCCCUUGUAACGGACUCUAUUGAAUACAGGGAGAAAAAUAAAAUAAACAGAAAAGACUUCAUCCACUUAAUGAUCCAGCUGAAGAACAAGGGCAAAGUGACGGACGACGCUGACAUCUUCACCAAAACCGAGAAUCUCAAGACGGCAUUCGAUGACGACAACAUCACCGCACAGUGUCUCCUCUUUUUCAUUGCCGGGUUCGAAACGUCUGCCACGACAAUGACGUUCGCGAUAUUCGAACUGGCCCAGCACCCUGAAAUACAGGAGAAAAUCAGACAAGAGGCCAACGAGGUUCUAGAGAGGCACGGUGGGAAACUAACUUAUGAGGCCAUGAUGGAGCUGACUUACACAGAGUCAGUCAUUGAAGAAACCAUGCGUAAAUACCCACCAGUACCGGCAAUCCCGCGUUGUUGCACCAAAGACUACACCAUCCCCGGCACGGAUACGGUGAUCGCAAAGGGCACCUCGAUGUUCAUUCCCGCCUGGGGUCUACACAUGGACCCGGAAUAUUUCCCGGAACCGGAAACGUUCGAUCCGGACCGUUUCAGUCCGGAAAACAAGAAAAUGAUCCGGGAGUACACGUAUUUACCGUUCGGCGAGGGGCCCCGGAUGUGUUUAGGCCUACGGUUCGGUAUAAUGCAGAGCAAAGUGGGCCUGGUCACCAUCGUGAGAAAAUACAAGUUGUCCUUGAACGAAAAAACCGCCGUUCCAGUGAAAAUGGUCCGUGAUAACCUGAUCCUGGCUGCGCAAGGGGGCAUAUGGGUAAACGUGCAGAAAAUUUAAAUAAAACAAACGACUGCUUUUCUACACAAUA